CAGUCAGAAGACUCAAGGACUUAGUUGUAUGAGUAACAAGCUAUGAAUUCUGCAUCUCUGCGUGUGGCACUAAAUGAUGGUCACUUCAUCCCUGUACUGGGGUUUGGAACCACUGUACCUGAUAAGGUUCCUAAGGAUGAACUUAUCAAGGCUACCAAAAUAGCUAUAGAUGCUGGGUUCCGCCAUAUUGAUUCUGCUUAUAUGUACAAAAUAGAAGAAGAAGUAGGACAGGCCAUUAGAAGCAAGAUUGCAGAUGGUACCGUGAAGAGAAAAGAUAUAUUCUAUACUUCAAAGCUUUGGGGCACUUUCCAUCGGCCAGAAUUGGUUCGAUCUUGCUUGGAAAUGUCACUGAAGAAAGCUCAACUGGACUAUGUUGAUCUGUAUAUUAUUCAUUUCCCAUUACCUUUGCAGCCUGGAGAUCAGAGUAUACCAAAGGACGAACAUGGAAAUCUGUUGGUAGACCCAGUGGAUCUCCGUGACACAUGGGAGGCCAUGGAGAAGUGUAAAGAUGCAGGACUGACCAAGUCCAUUGGGGUGUCCAACUUUAACCGCAGGCAGUUGGAGAUGAUCCUGAACAAACCAGGACUCAAGUACAAGCCUGUGUGCAAUCAGGUAGAAUGUCAUGUUUAUCUCAACCAGAGCAAAAUGCUGGAAUAUUGCAAGUCAAAUGACAUCGCUAUGGUUGCCUACUGUACACUGGGAAGUUCACGAGACCCAUUAUGGGUGGACCAAAACAGUCCAGUUCUCUUAGAUGAUCCAGUUAUCUGUGCCAUGGCAAAAAAGUACAAACAAACACCAGCAUUGGUUGCCCUUCGUUACCUGUUGCAGCGUGGAAUUGUGGUCCUUGCCAGGAGUUUCAAUGAGAAGAGGAUCAAAGAUUUCAUGCAGGUUUUUGAAUUCCAGUUGACUACAGAGGACAUGAAAGUCCUAGAUGGCUUGAACAGAAAUUUAAGAUACAAUUCUGCACAUUUUUUUGAUGAACAUCCCAACUAUCCAUUUAUUGAUGAAUACUAAUAUGGAGGCUAUUGUCAGAAUUCUUACCACGAGAUCUGUUUAUGCAUCAUGGAAUGAGAGAUGUCUUGGAUACUGGCGAUUGAACACAUCACUUCUUAUCAACUCACCUUGUCUUGUCAAUUCACAGCUAGAUUUAAGUCACUAGAGCUGUGUGGGAAGUCAGAAAGACAACAUCAAGAUGUUUAGUCCAAAGAUUCUUGUGUUUUGAAAUAUUGAUUUACUUUUAUUUUAUAUAUCUAAAUGUCUUGCCUACAUUUAUAUGUACCUAGUGAAUGCCUGUGUCCAUGGGGGGUGGGAAGGUAGAAGAAGGUGACAGAUCAGUCACCUGGAACUUGAGUUGCAGAUGGUUGUGAGUCAACGUCACCAUUUGGAUACUGAAAGCCAAAUCUGAGUCUUCUGAAAAAGCAGCAAGCCUUUAAACACUUUGCCAUUUCACCAGGCCCUACCCUAAAGAUUAUUUCUGUGACUUCAAUGUUCUGUUUCCUUCUGGCUCUUCACACUGACUUGAUUCACCUACAAGUCUUGGGCAGGAGGCAGGAGAUGAAGACAGUCAUUUAAGAGACAUUUUUAGGUAACGGAAGAAUUUUCAACAUUUAUGGAGUUAACAGUGAGAAAUUAUUGAUAAGUUAUUAAUUCUCAAAUCUGUUGAGAAAGAAGAGUAUUUGCAGUUAUUCCCCUCUUGGUUUGGAGGUGCGUCACACUUGGCAGGGGUGACCAAGAGUCCCAGGGCCCCCUUCAUUAGCCCAGAGCUCUAAGAGUAAGUUCCUUGUGGGAAGUUUGGGAUGGGAUGUUGUUAAGAAGAAAAUCAUCAUGACUCAGAUGUGGGGAGACUGAGGAGAAAGCUGAACAAGUCUCUACUUGGGAAAUAUAUCAUUUAUUUUAUUUUUUGAUAGGCACAUGUUACAGGCAAAAGAAAAUUUUACAUAUUUUAUCUGAGAGAGAGCUAGACUUGAUAUUUGCAUUUUCAAGGGGUUCAACAGAGCUAUGGCAGAAAAAAUCAAUUCACAUGAAUGUAAAUUCAUCAAAUUUUCUUGAUUUAAAACUUGUUUUGUAAGGGAGGGAGAGGGAAAUGGGAUUGAUAUGUAAAAUAAGAAAAUAAAUAAAUAAAUGUAUAAAUGGUUUUGUGAAACUUGAUCUUACAUGUUUAUAGAUAAGUAAAUUAGCAGUAUAUUAAAGUGUGUUGUCAAAUUAAUAUUAAAAGGACAUAGUAUUGAUGAGAUAAAUUCUUUAAUGUUUCUAAAAUUAUUUGAAAAACUGUAUUUGAAUCAGGACAGGGUUUUUAAAAAUGUUCAAUUUUAGUAAUAUCUUUUGUACAAAGAAUAAUAUAUUAGAGAAAUCAGAAAGGGAAGGUGAUAGUGUUGUGUUUAUAGAAGAUCCAGAAAAAUGUGGACAUAAAUUCAAAAAAGUAUUAUUUACCAAGAGUGAAGGACACAGUUGGACUUGUAUAUUUCAUUAAUGAAUAUCUCAAAUAAGAUUUUUUUUUGAAAACAGUUUCUCAUUAUAUAACCCUGGGUAGUCUGGAAUUUACUAUGUAUACAAGGCUAACCCAGGAUCUCACAGACAUACACCCACCCCUGCCUGCCUCUAGAAUGCUGAGAUUAAAGGCAUACCACUAUACCUAUAUGUUUGGAAUCUCUUGAAGAAAAGGGAAACAUUAUCCAAAAGCAAUAAAAUUACUAGUUACCUAUUAACAAACUUAAUGAAAUAUGAAUGAAUACAAACUAAAAUUCUAUGAAAUGUGCUGAUACAAUGAAACUGUCAUAUUCUUAUUAAUAAAUGGAAUAAAAAUCUA